AUGCGACACUACCGCUGGGCUCUACUCGCCAUACCCCUCGCUCCCACUCUGAUCCUCUCGGCUCCGCGCGCCCACGCCGUUAUGGCUUCCGCCUCCGGUCCGUCAACGUCAACGUCAGCGGUUGCUGAUCCGUCAAAGUUCGGCUACCGGUCGACGGCGGAAGAUGUGACGGCGGGCGUCGAUUUGAGCGGCAAAGUGGCAAUCGUAACGGGCGGCAGCAGCGGCAUCGGCACGGAGACGGCGCGGGUGCUGGCGCUGCGAGGCGCGUCCGUGGUGCUCGCGGUGCGGAACACGGAGGCGGGGGAGGCCGCCAAAGCCGCCAUCAUCAAGGACAUCGAGGGGCGGAGCGCAGCGGCGGCGGGGGUUCCGGCGGCGGUGCGCCAGCGCGUGAGCGUGAUGCCGCUGGAUUUGGCGUCGCUCAAGUCGGUGCGCGCGUUCGCCGCGGAUUACUUGGGCCUUAACCGCCCGCUGCACCUGCUCAUGUACGCGCGGAGAUGGAAGGGGUGCGGGGGGGAGGAAAGGGGGCGAGGGAGGGGGAGGGGUGCUGCCCCACUGCCAUGCUGCCCCACUGCCAUGCCGCCCCACUGCCAUGCUGCUCCACUGCCAUGCUGCUCCACUGCCAUGCUGCUCCACUGCCAUGCUGCCCCACUGCCAUGCUGCUCCACUGCCAUGCUGCUCCACUGUCAUGCUGCUCCACUGCCAUGCUGCUCCACUGCCAUGCUGCUCCACUGCCAUGCUGCUCCACUGCCAUGCUGCCCCACUGCCAUGCUGCUCCACUGCCAUGCUGCUCCACUGCCAUGCUGCUCCACUGCCAUGCUGCCCCACUGCCAUGCUGCCCCACUGCCAUGCUGCCCCACUGUCAUGCUGCUCCACUGCCAUGCUACUCCACUGCCAUGCUGCCCCACUGCCAUGCUGCCCCUCAUUCUACUGUUUCGCCUUAUUUAUUCCUCUCGUUCAGACCUUCCCCCUCUCCCCGAACCCACCCCACCGUCCCCUUCUCUUCGUCACUUCCUAUGCAACAACCCCCCACUCGCCUGCCCAACCAAUCCCAGCACGGCCCACCCAAUCUCAACCAACCCCUCCCCAUCCCACCCCACCCCGGGCAGCAACAAUGCGGGCGUGAUGAUAUGCCCGUUCAUGCUCACUGCGGACGGCCAUGAGAACCAGUUCGGCACCAAUCACGUGGGUGAGUGCAGGGAGGCAACCACGUGGGCUGAUCGCACCACUCCUCCACUGCCUCCCUCUCCCCCUUUCUUCCGUCCCUCCGCCCCCCCUCCCCCUCUCUUCCCUUUCACCCUCUUCCCCCCUUCCCCUGCACACACCCCCCACCCAAUUGCAUCGCACGUCGUACCCCCUUUAGGCCACUUCCUGUUGACCAACCUGCUGCUGCCGAAGCUCAAGGAAACUGCCAAGCAGGAGGGCGCAGAGGCGCGCAUCGUGAUCGUGUCCUCCGCCGCGCACCAGUUCCCGUACCCGGGCGGCAUCCGCUUUGACGCCAUCAACGCCAAGGAGGGGUACGACUCGGUGAGGGCGUACGGGCAGUCCAAGCUCGCUAAUAUCCUGCACGCACGGGAGCUCGCACGGCGGCUCAAGGUGCAUGGCUGUAUGACUGUAAAUGCUCUGUACCCAUGGGUGAUCGAUCCUUCAACAAUGGAAAAACCCCCUGCUUCCCUCGCCAACACCCUCCAUCACCCUCCCUCCUCCCCUCUCUCCCCUUCCCUUCUCUCCCUUGAUCCAUGCGAGCAGGAGGAGGGUGCAGGAGUGACAGGUGCGGCCACCUCAUGCUUCCUGGCGGCGCACCCCUCAGUGGUGGGUGCAAGUGGGGGCUACUACGCAGACGCGCGGGCAGCCGAGGGCAAGGCGACGGUUUUGAGCAAGGACAUGGAGCUGGCUGGGAAGCUGUGGGAGCUGAGUGAGCAGAUGGCGAACAAGGAGUAA